UGCCGUUUGGUUCGGUGGCUCUCGGUCGGUCAGAUCGGUGAAGGAGCAAAGCUGCCGGAAGCCGGAGCGGGAUGCUCGUGAAGGAGGAGGCGGGUCGAUGCGGCGCCGGAGCUGCGGGACUGUAGCUAGCCGUAGGGAUGCUAACCCCGCAGUGCUUCACGUUAGCGGCGUCAGAGUUUUAUUUUGUCGCUGUGACAUCUUGUAAGAGUUUAGCCUCACGACCCUGACCGGAUUUUCCCCUGUCAAAGUUCCGACCGCUUUACCUGAAACCAACCUCAGAAUCUGUUGACAGGUUGCAGAGAUGGAAUGCUGCCUUAAUGGCUGAUGGAAAAGACCGUAGACUGGAUCCACCCCAAGAUGCUGGCUCGUAACCGCUUCCUCCUCCUGGUGGUGGUGGGCGGCGUCGUGCUGGCCAUCGUCAGUGUGAGCCUCCAGUUCUUGAACCUGACUCCAGCCGCCCCCAUGGUGGAGAAGCGUCCAGCCACCUCUUCAGGGGAAGGCCUUUCGCUGGGGAAGAGCAGAAAGCGAGUGUUCCCGGUGACCCAAACCCAAGAGCCCGACCCCAUUUCUGAAGCUUACAGCUACUGCAACACCCCCAACAGAACCGAGCAGGCCUGGGAGGGUCACAGUCCAGCAGACUACAAGCUGCUGUCCGUCCAUGUGAUGAUUCGACAUGGAGACAGAUACCCGCUUUACUACAUUCCAAAAACCAAGCGACCACCCAUCAACUGUACCCUGUCGGCCAGCAGGAAACCUUCACACCCGCUGCUCAAAACCUUCAUCAGUCACAUGGCUCAGGGUGGGCGUGGCCACUGGGAGUCCCCGUUGGCCUCUGUUCCACGUCUCCCCAACCACAGUGCAUGUGAGAUGGGGGAACUCACCCAGACAGGUGUGGUGCAACAUCUACGCAAUGGGAAGCUCCUCCAGCAAGCUUACAAACAGCACAGACUCCUGCCUUCUGAUUGGUCACCGCGUCAGGUGUGGCUGGAGACCACAGGUAAGAGCCGAACUGUCCAGAGUGGACUUGCUUUCCUCUAUGGAUUCCUUCCGGACUUUGACUGGAAGAAGCUGACCGUCCAUCACCAGUGGAGCACCCUCUUCUGUGGUUCCUCGUGUGACUGCCCUGCUAGGAACAAAUACCUAGAGGAGGACCAGAGGAGGCAGUAUCUUCUCAGAGUGGCUGAUGCUAACUUGGAGAGGACUUAUGCCACCAUGGCGCAGACGUUAGGCCUUCCCCCGCGGCAGCUCAGAGCGGCUAACCCCAUAGACUCGCUGCUGUGCCACCUGUGCCACGGCCUGCCCUUCCCUUGUGUUCCCAGUGGAGACGGUUCUCCGAGAUGUUUGACGCGGGAGCAGUUUGCGGUGAUCCGUCAGCAGCAGCUGGAUGACGAGGCGGACCGCAGACGCGUGGGACUUUACCGUAAAUAUGCCAUCCUCGCCAUGUUCCCCUAUCUCAACCGAACUGCUGCCAAAAUGGAGCGAGUGGCUAAGAGCAGCGAGGUGGGCCGGCAGCGGCGGGCGGAUGAGGUCUUCACCCUGUCCUCUGCUCAUGACGUCACCUUGGCUCCGCUGCUCAGUGCCCUCGGACUAGAGCGGGCCCAGUUCCCUCGUUUCGCUGCCAGGAUAGUCUUCGAGCUGUGGAGAAGCCCCCCUGUCCCGCCGGGGCCGGUGAGGAGGAGGGGAGGCAAAGGUGAGAGGUCAAAGGCGAACAGCAGAGACGUGUUCAUCAGGGUGCUGUACAACGGCGAGGAUGUGACAUUUCACUCGGCGUUCUGCAGGUCACAUGAGCGCCGUGUCAGCCAGCCCCUCUGCCCUCUCACAAACUUUCUGACUUUUGUCCGGAGAGACAUGUUCCGUGUGGUCAACGCCACGUCCUAUAGCGAGGCCUGCUACCGGCGCUUUGACUGAUAAGACAGUUGCCCGGUGAUGGGGCGCCUCCCGGGUUUAGGUUGACCACACAAUGAAAUUUGUUACAAUUCCACCAGUUUUAAACACAUUUUUCACAUUAUGGUUCAUAACAGAUCUUGAAUUUAUCAAAAAACAUUAUCAUCACAGUUUGGAAGUUUUUUUGCACUUUGUUUUUAAAAAAUAACGUGAGGAGUUUCCUCUUUUUCUUAAACCUUUUAGAAAUGGGAACAACUGAGAUUAGACAUUCAGAACUGAAUCUAUGAUCCAGGGUAACAAACUGUCUUAAUUUUUGAAGUACUUUUGUUUUUGGAUGAUUUUUGGUUUAGUCUUUACAUUCCUUGAAGGAUUUGAUAUUUUCAUGUUCAGAUUUUUGUACUUUUUUUUUUAUUCAAUAUAGAUUCACAAACACAGUCGGUGUCUAAUUCUGUCAUUGCUGCUAAAACUUUUCAUUUCACUCUGAUGAAAUCAAUUGAAAAAAUGUCAGCUUUGAUCACUUUUGUACUGAAGAGCAUAAACAUUGAAAUAAACAGCUGUUUUCAGUCACA